GUUUCCUCGUUGACAAAUUUGGCAAAUACAAACCGGUCGUUGUGAUGAGUCUACUGCUGAAUGCGAUUUUCCAUCACUCGCUGCUCUUUAUACCGCAACAGGAGAUUCCGGGUGUGGUGCCUUCGGCAUUUGUACUGAGACAUGCAGACAGCGGCGACAUUGAGGUCUGGUGGUCUCCAUGUCCAAGCCGAGAAUGUCCAGAGGAGCCGGAGCUGGAAUUGGCCGUGCAUCAGUGCGUCGACUAUUGUUUGAUGCAGGAGCAAGUUAAUCCUCAACUCUAUACGAACACUCCGGCAUACGAUGUCCGUCCAUCGACCACUACCCAGAGGUCCCAGCUAACGACGACCACAGCGAGCACGACCACCGUCAGUGGAGGAGCGGUGGCCACAAUGGGACCCUCCGACGAGUCGAGUUCAUCGCAGGCACCGCCGACCACAUCGACCACCUCAUCGCCGGCAUCAUCAUUGCCAGCGUUAUUCGCAACGCAAACGAGGAGCAGAUACCAAGAAGUACUUAAUAUGCCAUCGACCAUGUUCCCGCCAAUGUCCCAGCUGAAGGAUGUCCCGGGGAUGGGUCAGGAGAUGGCAUCGUCAGCUGAACUGUCCGCCAUGUCCAUGCAGGGAUUGAAUUUGACAGACAGCAAUAGCAGUAGCAGCUGGGUUCAUUCCGAUAAUAAUGAUGCAACAUACUUUAUGCUGCAAAUGCAUCCGGAUCUCGCUGAUCCCACGGAGCAACUGGGCAUGGAAAUUGAACAGGAUGCCAAUGAGACAGUCACCGACAUCCGGCAGAGAUUCGGUGAAGACUCCCUGAUCAGGGCCAAUAUCAAUCUCACUGAUUUGGAUGAACUCGAUCUGAGAUGCGGUGGCCUCGUGAGACGCACAAAUAUCUCUAAUUUGAGUUCAACAGCUGGCAAAUGUAUGAUCCAAAGGUGCACCUUUACCAUGAAUGCACCGGAGAUAUGUCCACCGGAUUACAAGGAGACCGAUGAGAUAAUUUUCUGGGUUUACUUCCUGCUGAGAUUUUUGGCCACUACAAUGCUGUCGGCAGGAGUCACCAUCAUGGAUCCCAUUGCCCUGACAAUGAUUGAGAAGUAUGGAGGCGAUUUUGGUCGCGAACGUUUGUUCUCCAGCAUUGGCAUGGCUAUAUUUUCACCGAUAACUGGCAUUAUGAUUGAUUACUCCUCGCGGGGAUUGGGCUAUACAGAUUACUCGGCGGCCUUUUAUACAUACGAUGUCCUGCUGGUGAUAUCCACAAUGUCGGUGCUGAUGAUGCCACUUGGCGAGAAAUUGCCAGCGGAUAAUGUGUUCAGAGAUCUAUGGAAUUUAUUGAAAAUGCCACAUGUUAUUGCCUUUAUAAUAUUCCUGUUUGUCUUGGGCAAUUUCUGGGGCUUCAUUGAGAGUUUCCUGUUUCUGUAUCUCAAGGAGCUGGGAGCUCCCAAUUAUUUACUGGGAAUCACCAUUACCGUGGGCACAGUGAGCAGUAUUCCUUUCCUUUACGGAGCAGAGAAAAUCACACGGAUCUUUGGUCACGUUAAUUUGAUUAUCAUCGCGUUCUUCUCUCAUGCCGGCCGCCUGGUGGGCUACUCCUUCAUCGAGAAUGCCUGGUGGUGCUUUCCUUUCGAGGCCAUGGAGUCGUUAUCCUGCCAUCUGAUGUGGGUGGCAGCGGCGACCUACUGCUCGAUAUUGGCCCCAAAAAGUUUGCUGGCCACCCUGAUUGGUGUCCUGGGCAUGGCCCAUUUUAGUUUGGGACGAGGCAGUGGUAGUUUUACUGGAGGACUCCUUAUUGGUCAGUUUGGCACUCGAGAUGCCUUCCGCUACAUGGGUCUACUGGCUGUGGUCGGUGGCAUUGCCUACGGGCUCCUUCAUCUGAUUUGGCUGCGCAAAUUCGAUCACACUACGGAGGAAUCCGAGGAGGAAGUGGAGGCCGUUGAGGCCGGCGAAACGGAGAAGCUCACAGAGCCAGCCACGAAGGAGCAGGGCACUUCCAUGUCCUUGGAGCGACUCAGUCUGAUGAUUAAGUACAAUCAGAUUGGCAGUUUGUCAUCACUGCCCAGGGGAUCGCGGGCCGAUAUCCAUGACCAUCUGUCGGUGCGUCGCAGCAGCUAUAAUGUGGAAUCCUUGCGGGGUGUGCCCCGUCAUGGCAACAUCGGCAGCGCCUCGAAAGUUGAUAUCCUGCGCUCGGCGCUGGAGAUUAAUCACAAGUCCUCGAACAAUUCGAUGCUGAGCAAGGCCGAUAACAAGACGUCGAAUCAAUCACUGGGUCGCAAUCGGGCCGACAGUGCCCCAAAAUUGAAUCACAGCAAUCUGAAGAACAUUUCCCAGCCAGCCCUCGAGGGCGUCGUCCUGGAGGGCGUGGAAUCAACAUUUUUUCCCAGCCGCAUGAAAAAGUAUCCAAGUGGUUUGUUAACUUCAAUACCCGCUGUGGAUUUAUCCGUAAUACCCAGCUCCAUGUUAAUGGAUCAGGAGGGUCGCAAGGUCAUUCCUGAGGAGACGGAGCUGCACACCUCAAAGACCACCGUGAAUUCGGGGGAGGAAAAGACAGAGUCGCCUCAGCAGCCGCAACAGCAGCAACCACAAUCGAAUGGAAAUGGGAAAAUUCCGCCACAGCCGCAACAGCAGGAGGAUGAGGAAAAAUCUGAGGCCACUUGAGGGGCGGCUGGCAGUCCAAUUCUCUGACCAGCCACACACGGCGUAUGAGUGAUAUUAAUAAACCAAAACCGAAAGCAACUAAGGGGAAGCGAGAAAAGAGAACAAAAUAGCAGAACAGAAGGAAAAUGAUAAAUGAAAACUAUUGUUUAGUUGUACAUGUGUGUGUUAUGUUAUAUAAAUGUAUAUGUCUAUGUAUAAAUUAUGCAAAAACGGGAAUGAAACUGAAUAAAACCAA